GAGGGGGCGGCGGCGGUGAGAGGAGGAGAGGAGGCGGGCAUGGGCAAAGUCACACGGAGGUUAUCCGGGGAAAGAGUCGUGACGGCGUCUCGUAAAUACGCACUUCGCUAAUGGAGAUCACAAAACACGACCGCUAGCAUUAUGGCUCAAAGGCUGCUAGUGCGUAGAAUUUGGACCCUCACUGCAAAAGACGUCCGCUGUCUCCCGGCCACCUCCACCACCAACGCCACCACCGCCGCCGCCUCCUCCUUCUUCUCCACCACCUCACUACAGUCUGCUACACCCCGUCUCUCCCUCCUCUCCCCUUCACGUGUACUGUCUCGCUCCCUUCCCCACACGUCCCGCCGCGAGGUCUCCUUCAACGUGCAGGACCAUGACGACUUCACUGAGAGGGUCAUUAACAAUGAGCUGCCCGUGCUAGUUGACUUCCAUGCACAAUGGUGUGGUCCCUGUAAGAUCCUUGGACCGAGGUUGGAGAAGGCAGUUGCGAAACAGGAAGGCCGUAUUGCCAUGGCAAAAGUUGACAUAGAUGACCACACAGACUUGGCUAUUGAAUACGGGGUUUCUGCUGUUCCCACGGUAAUCGCCAUGCGGGGAGGCGACGUCAUUGACCAGUUUGUGGGGAUCAAGGAUGACGAUCAGCUGGAUUCGUUUGUCAGCAAGCUGAUUGGACAAUGAGCCCAUCAGUCGCAGCCUCUCUCAUCAAACACUGUCGUCGUGACGAGUCUGGCUCAUUCUGCAAUGCCGAAAGGCCGUUUAAGAGCCCAUUAAAUGACAACCAACAGCAAAUAAAUCUUAGCCAGCCACAAUCUCUUGGGAGCAAGCGAUAGGACACGCAUUCACACCCAUCCCUAAACUCAGUGCUUCUGCUCUGUAAUGUUGCUUCUCUUUUUCUCUUUUGAAGUCUAGUGAUGGGUGUGCCACUGCGGAAUUUCAUUCCAUCUAUGGGAAUGGAGUUCAUGUCUUGCCCCACUCUCUCAGCAUUUCUACCCCUCUUUUUAAUCUGUAACGUCAUUGUUUCGCACAGUUGAAAAUGCCAGAGGCGAUCCGAUCUGUAACAGUGUGCUAAAACACAUUCAGUAGAGUUGACAACCACGCACCACUGUCAUUUACUUCUGCUUUAUUACAUGAGGGACUUUUUUUUUUUUUUUUUUAGUGUUUGGAUUUACAGGAUACGUGACGUUAGUGAAUGGUUGCGAUGACGGUACUGUGUGCAAUUCCUACUUUUGUCCACACGGGGGUGGCCUUUCUCCAGCAUUUGGAAAGGCCGUACAAAGUCAUUUUACACCAUUAUGCCUAAUAAUGUGAUAAGUGUGUGUGCGUGCGCGUGUGUGUUUCUGUCCACAAUCUGGCUGUUUCUGGGUUCCGGCUGUGACGUUUUGGUCCAGUGGGAAUCACAAAUAAUGGUUAUGGGUUUGACUCGGAUUUUAUUUCAUGAAUAAACAAAUGACCAAGUGAAGUAAAUAAAAAACAACUUAAGAUGAUAU